GGCCCUGGAGCAUCCCGGAGCUGGAAUCUGGACAGCCAACCUCUGCAACAGGCUGGGGGCUGACGGAGGAGCCAGGGGGAGGAAACCCUGCAGAGCCUCCCCUCCCCCGCCUCCGCUCCCCCCUGCUGACUCCGCCCCUUGCCGCCCCCUCCUGGGUAGUAGAAAUACAGCCGCAGCCGGGGCCACCACCCACUGCGCCCCUACCCGACCCAGACCCGGCCCGGACCUGACCACCCAGAACCAGCAGAGCCAUUUUCCGUGCUCCUCGUCAAUGGCUGACCAAUUCUUUCAGUGCAAAUCGUGGGACACCGAGCAGCUUUGUCAAGACCCCGACGCUAACUCCGAAGGCCUGUUUGACAAGCCUCCCCCAGAAGAUCCCCCCGCUGUCCGCGGGCCCAAGUCGGCGGCCUGGGCCUCAGGGAAGAAGGCUGGUCGGCGCGCAGGCGGGAGGGCGCAGGGGGCCCGCUCCGGGCAGCCCCCCAGGGCCGCAGCGCGCUCCUCGCCCCUGGAGGAGACACCUCCACUGGACGAAGGCUGCUAUCUCGACCAUUUUCCGCACCUCUCCAUCUUUAUCUACGCGGCAAUCGCCUUCUCCAUCACCUCCUGCAUCUUUACCUAUAUCCAUCUACAGCUUGCCUGAGUGACCAGGGUAGGCUGGGGUGGGCGCAGGGCCGAGGGGAAGGGGAAGGAAAAGAAGGGCUCAGCAUUUUGUGUUUAGAGAGGCUCUGCACCCCGUUCAUGUAGCUUUCGAUGCUUAUUUGUUUUCUUCUCUGCUUCUCAUUCCCUUUGUCUAACCGUCCAUCAGUAGGAACGUCAAAAGCAGCUGCCGCUAAUGAAAUAAGGGUCUUUUUACACCUGGGGAUUAGGGGAGGGGACACAGACCCCAAUGUUUGGAAUCUCGGGGUGUGACUGAAUCCCAGUUAUAAUGAGGUUAAUGUCCCUGGACCCUACCUCUCUGUGAGAUGGGAGCGCGCACAGCGAGCCCGACCUGUUCUUUAAGGGAUGCGCCAGCCCUGGGCCCUUCUGGAGAGGGCCCCGCGGGGAGGGUCGGCACCCUGGCCCGGGCUGGGCCAGAGCCCUUUGAUACUGUAUUGCCCCGGAGGAGCCAGUUGUGCCCCCGAGCUGGCGCAGAGUCCGGAGCGCGGGAACUGGUCGGCUUGACUGCGCAGUGGAUGCCGCAGGAGCGCAGGACACGAGUGACGCAGGACACAAUGCGUGGCGCAGGACACGGUAAGUGGCGAUUGCUCUGACGCAGCUACAGAUGUCGCAGCCGAGCCGAGACCCAUAGCUGAAGGAGCCGUCUUGCCAGGAAGCCACGCUGUCUUCGUGUCCUGGACGGCGUGGGACCAGCGGCUGCAGACCUCCUGGGGCGUGGGCUUGUAGCUCGGUGCUGUGCGGGACAGAGUCUGGGGCCCUGGCUGGGGUCCACGGAAGGGACGUCAUGGCAUCUUUGGGGGUUUACGCGGCAGCUUCAGCCGCUGGGAACCCUUCCGGAGCUCUGGGACCCAAGAGGAAGGGGGUGGGGGAAUUUCUCAUUGACAAGACUCCGUGCUGGGAAACUACACGACUUUUAGUGGUUUGUCAUCAUCUCAGACCCAAAAGGCCUAAUGCCAAAACCCACCUUGGCAUUAUUCACCUACCUGCCAUCUCUGUUCACUCGUGAAUGUUCAAUGUCAAAACAUAGCACUCUAUUACUGCAUUUACUUGGAAAUGGCUGUAAUUAUGGUACCUCUGAUGGAAUAAAUCUUUUCCCUCGUCAGUCUCUUUU